AAGGGAGCGAGCGCUGUAAACUUCACGCGGGGUUUGUCAUGUGAAACCUUCAUUUGGUCCGAAACCCUCCAGAGUGACCGGAGGGGUUUCUGUUACGUGGGCAUCUUUUUGUUCCAAAGACGUCUGCACCCCUCCUUUGGGAGCACCCCUGGAUGAGGAUUUCUUCAGAUGUCUUUUUCCAUCCUCCAAGUCUCUUUGAAACCAACAAGACUGAGGUUAUGAAGUCAAUUCUAGAUGGCCUUGCAGAUACAACUUUCCGAACAAUUACAACAGAUCUCCUUUACGUGGGCUCCAACGAUAUCCAGUACGAAGACAUGAAAGGCGACAUGGCAUCCAAGCUGGGAUACUACCCCCAGAAGUUCCCUCUCUCCUCUUUUAGGGGUGAUCCUUUCCAAGAAAAAAUGACUGCAGGAGAUGAUCCCCUGCUAAGCAUUAUUCCCUCAGACCAGAUCAAUAUCACAGAGUUUUACAACAAGUCCUUGUCCACGUUUAAGGAAAAUGAGGAGAACAUACAGUGUGGGGAGAACUUCAUGGAUAUGGAAUGCUUUAUGAUCCUGAACCCCAGCCAGCAGCUGGCCAUCGCUGUGCUGUCGCUCACCCUGGGCACCUUCACAGUCCUAGAGAACCUCCUGGUCCUGUGUGUCAUCCUCCACUCCCGAAGCCUGCGGUGUAGACCCUCUUACCAUUUCAUAGGCAGCCUGGCUGUGGCCGACCUCCUGGGCAGUGUGAUUUUUGUCUACAGUUUUGUUGAUUUCCAUGUUUUUCACAGGAAGGACAGCCCCAAUGUCUUCUUGUUCAAGCUGGGUGGAGUUACUGCCUCCUUCACUGCCUCUGUAGGUAGCCUUUUUCUCACGGCAAUAGACCGGUACAUAUCUAUACACAGGCCGCUAGCUUACAAAAGGAUUGUAACCCGACCAAAGGCUGUCGUUGCGUUUUGUGUGAUGUGGACCAUUGCCAUUGUAAUAGCUGUUCUUCCACUGCUCGGCUGGAACUGCAAAAAGCUCAACUCCGUGUGUUCAGACAUAUUCCCUCUCAUCGAUGAGACGUACCUGAUGUUCUGGAUCGGGGUCACCAGCAUCCUCUUGCUGUUCAUUGUCUAUGCCUAUAUGUACAUACUGUGGAAGGCGCACAGCCACGCUGUUCGCAUGCUUCAGCGUGGCACGCAGAAAAGCAUAAUCAUUCAGAGUACAGAGGAUGGGAAAGUACAGAUCACUAGACCUGAUCAAACUCGUAUGGACAUCAGGUUAGCCAAAACCUUGGUCCUUAUUCUAGUCGUUUUAAUCAUAUGCUGGGGUCCUCUCCUCGCCAUAAUGGUGUACGAUGUCUUUGGGAAAAUGAACAAGCUCAUCAAGACUGUCUUUGCCUUCUGUAGCAUGCUCUGUCUGCUGAAUUCGACAGUGAAUCCCAUCAUCUACGCUCUGAGAAGCAAGGACUUGAGACAUGCCUUCCGGAGCAUGUUCCCCACCUGCGAAGGGACUGCACAGCCUCUGGAUAACAGCAUGGAGUCUGACUGCCAGCACAAACACGCCAACAACGCGGGAAACAUGCACAGGGCUGCUGAGAGCUGCAUUAAGAGCACAGUUAAGAUUGCCAAAGUGACCAUGUCUGUCUCCACAGACACGACUGCUGAAGCGUUGUAAGUCAGAGACUUCUCAGCGUUGUGAGAAAAGGAGUUAGUUAAAAAAAAAAAAUUAAUUGAACAACAGAGAAUACCAAACCCGUGGUGUAACGUGUUUGUACCUCCCUGUAAUAUCUUUUUGAUUUGUCAUUGUAAGCUAAGCAAUGGUUGUGUUAAGAGUAUUACCAUCAGCCAGUUCUUCGAGUUUUACAAUUAGGGAUCCAAGCUAAAUUUUCAAAAGUUGUUUUGUUGUUUUCUUUUUCCUCUCAAAAAGUGUUUACUGAAUAAUAGCGAGUUUCCUGCAAGAGCACAGAAAAAACACCAAGCUAGCAAAAGUUCCUUUUUGGGAUGUGAAGAAAAAUUGUGAAACCUAAUUGAAAUCUAAUGCAUCCUAAAUCAAUACCAUUCAAUAAGAAAAAGCCUUGUAAUCAUGCUGUCCAUCUAAAUGUGAAAUGUAUUUCAUGUCUGUAAGUAAUAGGAGUUUUUGAUUUUUUCCAAAAGCGGCAGUGCUGAGUUUUAGAAAUUUUGUAAAAUGUGUCGUGUCCUGUGAAUUGUAUGCUGUUUUGUUAUGUGUUAUUGAUAUUUGUCCAAUUAAACAAAGUGAUAAGGUAGAUUUAUGUGGAAAUAAUGUGAAAUGUGAUAUGUAAACCCCAUUGAAAAUACUUACUGUAUUUGAAGAGUUCCUAUGAGCUAUUUUGGAAAUUUUACACUUCUAGUGGUCUUCUGUGGAUGUAGGGGAGAGGCUUUGCGUUCUUUUACUAAAAUUACUUCCCUACUACCUUUUAUUUUCACAUGCAUAUGAGAAUAACAGCAACAAAGGAAUAGAGAAGGAAUAUAAGAGAGGAAUGCUCUGGUUCAGACUUUUAAAUACCGCUGCAGAAGGACAUUUACUGUUGUACAGACUUAUCUCCCUUCUCUUGGGUGUUGUGUGAAUAUGAACGCUGAAAGCGAAGGUCCUGGAUUUUGGCUCCUUGAGUCACAUGCUGGUGCUGGACAACUGAAAACAGCAUGUGUCCAGCUCCAUGUGUGAUGUAAUCACUGUGCCAUCGAUGUAUACUUGAAGUGUGUUGCAUUCCUGUACCCCAGGUUUAAGCCAGUUCAGAGCCUGAGAUGCCAGACUCCAGACUUCACUCAAAGAGGAGGAAGUAUUGUCAGAUUUAGGCAUUUUCUUAUUGUGUGAGCGUGUAUAUAAAUAAAUAUCUAUGUGUGUGUACGUGUGUGUGUGUGUAAGUAUAAUAAGUGUGAGUCAUGGUAGCAUAACUAAGAUAGGACACUAUGACCAAAUGUAAGCUGUAUUUCUUGUUGCACGCUUUGCACACAAAUUCUGUUUCUAAAAUUGAGUUCUUCCAACUGAUUGCUGACGAAGGUACCAUAUUGCGAACAUACAGAUCCAGCACUAAGGGGUGUAUCCAUGUGCUAGAGAAAACAACCUUCCAGCUGUGCUUGAGAAUGAAAUGCAGCGAGACAGAGUCAGGUGUGAGCCAGCACUGACCACUGGAGUGGAUGUUGAGGGUGUUAUGGAAAUGGAGUAUGCCAGGAAUAAAGGAGCGUUUCAAUCCUUUUGUA